AUGGUAUGGGAUGAAGCAUUUAGGAGAAAGAGUGAAUGGGAUUUGAUUGGUUUUGAGAAUAUCCACGAUGUAAGACAGAGAGUACUACCAUUGCUCGAAUGGAGAUUCAUAUCAAAGAAGUUCUACAACAUAGUCCAAUCACUCAAUUGUCAUCUAUUUUGGGUGUACAACACAGAGCUACCGUUCCUCAAUCACUAUCCUCUCAGAUUCGUCAUUGAUCAACAUCAAAGGUCGACCUGCCUGGAGAAGACGAAGCCGUAUCGUCCACUGUUCAGCCACCUACGUACACUUCAUCUUUCACGCGAUGAAGAUAUACCUUACUUCCAGUCAAUUGACUCACAACUUCAAAGUGCACUUCAUAGACAAUACAUGUUGGUCGAUCUCAAACUUGCCGUUGGUCACUUGGAUAUUGAUGUGUUGGACCCAAUCGGUGACAAUCAAAGAUACUUUAAUGAGGUGCGCUCAGCUGCCUCGCAUGCCUACGGCGAGGAGCCACCAGAGUCCAGAGGCAUGAUCUUCUCCAUGCUCAAUUCGAUUGGCAACGCACGCACCCUGCGCCACUUGAGACUUAAGUUCUUCAUGAAAUUCUUUGACAAUGUUACCAAUCCCGAUCUCUACUCGCUCUUCCUCAAGUUAUGCUCGCCACGCUUCGACACACUCACACACCUCGAACUGUACUCGACUGGCUUCCUUAACAAUAUGGACAAUCCAAUCGCCAACUUCAUGUGCAAUUCGUCGACCUUCUUCUUUGAACGUAUCUCACUCCUACCAGCACUACGCGAACUGUUACUCGAUGUAGACAUAACUGGAUUAGAGUUGGGGCAGUAUGAUCUUGACCUGCUCACUUACCUCAUGGAUGCCAAGUGCAGACAGCCACAUCUCAAGUCAAUCGCCCUCAAGCGGCCGUCAUCUCAGCGUGUCGCUGAAUACCUCUUGCAAGACCCUCGCUGCAAGUUUACUCACAUACGCAUUUAUGUUGGACAGCCGGUCAAUGUGUGUCGUCCUCUCACCUUUCUCGGUCUUCAUAAACCCUUGAGAGACGAUGCAGACUGGAGUUCGAUGAUCCAGUCACUAAAGUGUGUUUCCAAGAUGGAUCUAUGCGAGGUAUCCGCCUACGAUGUCAUGCCUCUGCUCAGGACUCAUCCCAAUCUGGAGGGACUUGGAAUGGUGGUGAUCGAUGUUAGCGAUGAACUCAUUGAUGCCAUCAGAGGAUGCUUGUCAUUGCAACGCCUAAUCAUGUAUAUCAUCAAACCUAAGAGUUUUCAACCGGAUGGAUGGUAUACCAAGCUCAAGCAGGUCAUUGAUCAACAUCCAAACAUUGGCAACAAGACAACAUUCAUAUUCACGAGUCACCUACACAAUCAUUCAUGUCCAAGUGACCUGUGCCGAGCGUUUCAAGAGUCUGGCAAUGGCGUCUGGCAAUCAAUCCAACGAGCCACCUACGACAAGUACUACAAACACAAGGAGCCAAAGGAAGGAGUGAGUGCCCCUGAUCAGGAAGUACUUCACUUUGAUUGA